GACAGAGAGAGGGAGUUGGAGAAAGAGAGAAAGAAGGCAAGGGGGGAGAGAGCGAUAGCGAGUGAGGGCAGAGAAAGAGGUGGGGGAAAGAGAGAGAGAGAGAGAGAGAGAGAGAGAGAGAGAGAGAGAGAGAGAGAGAGAGAGAGAGAGAGAGAGAGAGAGAGAGAGAGAGAGAGAGAGAGAGAGAGAGAGAGAGAGAGAGAGAGAGAGAGAGAGAGAGAGAAGGAGAGGGAGGGAGGGAGAAGAUAGACAGUGUCAUUCUUCCUGUGUGAGAUCACAGUAGAAGGAGAAUGUGUUAGGGUCUGCCUCAGCCACAGAUCGCCAGCCAGGUUCACACACACACACAGCCUGGGAAGUUAGCCUGCUGGUAGCGAGACAGGGAGAGCAGGCGCACGGGGUGGAAUCUCAGCCCCGGACACAGCUCCCUCACACGGACCUCACCACCGGGCCCAAAAUGAACUAUCUGAACGUUCUGGCCAAGGCGCUGUACGACAAUGUAGCGGAGUCUCCAGAUGAGCUGUCCUUCCGGAAGGGUGACAUCAUGACCGUCCUGGAGCGCGACACACAGGGAUUGGACGGCUGGUGGCUCUGCUCCCUGCAUGGGCGCCAAGGCAUCGUCCCCGGCAACCGCCUCAAGAUCCUGGUGGGCAUGUACGACAAGCACGCUCCUCCCACUCCCCAGACGAGUUCCGGCCCCGCGCUGCCCCGCCCACCCCUGCAGGGGGGCUAUAGGAAGCCUCUUCCCUCCUCCCAGUACACUUCCAUGCACCCUGCCUACUCCACGCCCGGCCCCGCCCCUGCCACGCCCGACAGCAUCUACAUGAUGCCCCCCUCCCACGGCAAGCCCUCCCCCCAGAGCCUGUACCAGGUCCCCCCAACUCCCCAGGGACCGCCCAAGGCCCCCCAGAAAAAACACCAACCUGUAGGCCAGGAUAUCUACCAGGUUCCCCCCUCCGUAGGCCCAGCUCCGAGCCAGGACGUCUACCAGAUUCCUCUCCCAGCCGGGGGGCCUGGUUCUGGGCAGGACAUCUACCAGGUGCCCCCCUCUAUGAGUCAACCUCAAGACAUCUACCAGAUCCCCCCUUCUCUGGAGAUGAGGAGCUGGGAAUCCUCCAAAUCCCUGGGCAAGGUGGUGGUUCCCACCAGGGUGGGUCAGGUGUACGUGUACGACACGGGGAAGGCUGAGCAGGACGAGUACGACGUCCCCCCGCGACACCUCCUCCCCUCUCAGGACAUCUACGAUGUUCCCCCCACACGCGCUCAGUACAACCAGCAGGUGUAUGACACGCCCCCCAUGGCUGUGAAAGGCCCUCCUAGUGGCCAGGACAUCUAUGACAUCCCCCCAAUCACAGACAAGAGCCAGCUCAUCUCGCAGCACACGGUGUAUGACUUCCCCCCCUCUGUCAGUAAGGACGUACCAGACGGGCUAAUCAGAGAAGAGACGUACGACGUGCCCCCCCACUUCGCCAAGCUGAAGGGCGUGUCCGACCCCCAGGCGGCCUACGACCCCCCCAUCCCCGAGGACGUCUACGACGUACCCCCCCCACCCCUCACCGGCAAGCGCCGCGGGGACGCCAACCACGACAACCAGGAAGUGUACGACAUCCCCGCCAGCCUGCGCAAGGGAGGCCCGCCCCCCCUGGCCAGCCAGGACGUGUACGACUUCCCCCGGGAGCGCUCCGCCCCCUCCGCCCGCCGAGAUUCUGGGGACUACGUGUACGACGUCCCGCCCCAGGUGGUCCGCGACGCCGCGGCAACGGCGAGCGGCGAGGAGCUCAGCAACUCCUUCAAGCGCCUCUCCGCCUCGUCGACGGGCAGCACGCGCAGCAACCUCUCCUCCUCCUCGCUGGACAUGGUGCCCGUCAGGGAGUCUGGCCCCGCCCCCGGCCACGCCCCCCUGAUGCUGGACCUGGAGCAGGCCAUGGAGCGCCUGUCCCGCCUCCAGCAGGGGGUGGAGUCCUCCGUCUCCCUCCUCAUGUCCUUCAUCUCCGGCGCCUGGCGAAGCCCCGCCCAGAUGGAGAGCAGCCUGCCCGCCAUUCGCCAGGCGGUGGAGCGCGUGCGCGCGGCCGUGCGUGACCUGCUGGAGUUCUCCCGGGGCGCAGUGGCCAACGCCGCCCAGGCUACCGACCGCUCGCUGCAGGCCAAGCUGGGACGCCAGGUGUCCAAGAUGGAGGAGGUGUUCCAGGGUCUGGUCCGACACAGCCAGGCCCUGGAUGCGCUGGGCUGGCUGCCCUCCAGCCUCGCCCUCACUGUGCCCCCCGCUGGCCAGGAUGACUUGGACCGCCUGGUCAUGUGCGCCCGGAGCGUUCCGGAUGACACCAAGCAGCUGGCGUCCUUUCUCCAUGGCAACGCCACGCUGUUGUUCAAACGGACCAAUAAGCAGCAGCCCCCGCUGCCGCCUCUGCCCCAGGCCGCCGAGCCGCUGGCCAAUAGCAACCUCUCCGCCUACCAGACGGGGGCGCCGGAGAGAGCCAACAUCCAGUCCCGCCCCCUGCCCUCCCCGCCCAAGUUCACGUCGGAGGAGGAGACCCCAGACCGGCCCUACGAGACCACGGAGGAGGGCUGGAUGGAGGACUAUGACUAUGUGCACCUGCAGGGUAAAGAAGAGUUUGAGAAGAACCAGAAACAGCUUCUGGAGAAGGGCAGCAUCAUCCGCCACAAGCCCCAUCUGGAGCACCAGCAGCUGAAACAGUUUGAGCGCCUGGAGCAGGAAGUCAGCCGUCCAAUCAACAACGACAUCUCGGGCUGGACUCCGCCCCCCCAGUACCCGGCUUCCAGUCAGAGGUCGAGGCUGUGCACAGGCGACCGGCAGCUCCUCCUCUUCUACUCGGAGCAGUGCGAGGCCAACGUGACCACGCUCAACAACGCCAUCGACGCCUUCUUCACCUCCAUCUCCUCCAACCAGCCGCCCAAGAUCUUCGUGGCCCACAGCAAGUUCGUCAUCCUCAGCGCCCACAAGCUGGUGUUCAUCGGGGACACGUUGUCGCGCCAGGCCAAGUCCCCGGAGGUGCGGUCCAGGGUGGCGCAGCACAGCAACGCGCUGUGCGACAAACUGAAGGACAUCGUGGUGAGCACCAAGACGGCGGCGCUGCAGUACCCGUCCCCGGGCGCGGCCCGCGACAUGACGGAGCGCGUGCGGGAGCUGGCGGGCACCACGCAGCAGUUCCGGAUGGUGCUGGGCCAGCUGCUUGCCAUGUGAGCCCCUGGAGCGCUCCGUGGGAGACCCCGCUGGGGGGGGGGGGGGGGGGGGCGGGUGGGAUGAGGGGAGGGGCCACAGGCACACCCCCCCACCCUGAACUGGAGGCUCCUACAGACUCACAGCCCCCCCCCCCCGGCCCCCUCUCUGGAACCGGACCUUCUCAGAGGAUCCAAUGUGCACCCUCCCAACCUCCAAGAAACGCCUCAUCCCUACUCCCCCCCGUCCCCUGUCCCCUCCUGGGCCUAUUACUGUAGAGACUCCUACCUGAAUGGGCUGGGCCAUCGGUUGUAAAAUAAUCACUGUACAUAUUGAAGCUACUCUCGAUAUAGGGACAGAAAAAAGACUUUCUCUCUCUCUCUAUAUAUAUAUAUAUAUAUGUUUUUGAAAUCUUACGGAAAAAAAUUAAACCUAAUGUAGUUUUUAGACAAUAUCCCAUCAUGAUUAUUAUUAUUAUUAUUGCUAUACUGUAAUUAUUGAUCUGAAUAUGAUAAUUGUUAUCAUUAUUGUUAUAAUGCAUUGAUUAAGGACGUGUAUGUAUGUUGUACCUAUGUGCUGCAUACGUGUUACAUGUAUGUAGCUGCUUCGCUGUCCUGAUGGGGUUCCGAGGUGGAGGGUCUCAUAGUAGACAUGCUCUCAUCUCAGCCUGAGGGGGAGAGACAGGUAGGGGCUGGGGGAGGGA